AUGAAUCAGAAGUAUGACGCCAGCUUCGAAGAAAGUGCAGGCCACGACAAUGGCAAAAUCGGCAGGAAGGCCCAAGACAGCUUGUCACCAAUGCAGCUCUCUCAAGAGGAUAACGACGACGAUAACGGUUUACUACAACAAGCGGUCGAAUGGGCGGCUGAGGCAGCAAAGCUUGUAUUUGCCGAUAUUGAGAAUCCUAGCGAGGAGAACCUCGUCACGUUCCUCACACUCGGGCUAUUUUGGAGUAGCCAAAAUGACUGGAAGCGCCUUGAAAUACAUUCAGGGGCGCUAGCUGGCACAUUCAGGGCUUUGGGAUUUCCCGCCAGCGGACGAGGGAGCAGCAGGUCCUUGAGAGCCGAGUUGAGCAGACGGCGACUGUGGGCGAGUUUCAUUAUUAGCCAAUUUUGCAACUGGCUCGACUCUGGAGCCAUGAAUAUUGAGCACUUUGACGGUAUUCCCAUGCCAUGCAAUGACCUCGAGUUUGAGUUGGGGGAUAUCAACGGCGACCUUCAGAGUCCACCUUCUUUCUUACACGACCGAGGGAACGAUGGCUUUUUCGCAGAGAUGAUUCGGGUUACCAGGCUUUGGUACAUGAUUAUCCUUUCAAGUGACUGCGUGUGGCCAUGUGUUUGCCGUCUGGCUCACAAUGACAAAUUGCCUAUGGACCAAAAAUUAAUGUCACUUCAGAAGCUGGACGCCGAGCUCAAGGAAUGGAAGGAAGGACUGCCGACUGCUUUCUCUUUCACUCCGCUCACUACGGGAUCCACCCGGCCAGAGGCUAAUGCCCUGCAAUUACACCUCGUCUACAAUCAAGCAAUGUGCACAUUGCACUCGUCCAUCAUCCCACUCUUCUCCUUUUACCCCCAAGAGAAAAACUACGGCUUUUUCAAAUCGGUGUCCGCGCAGACAGCUUUAUACCACGCUCGACAAAUAUCCGAGAUGUUCAUUCAGGCGAAAAUGUGGAGCAGGAAUCACGCGACCGGCUUUAUGGGGUAUGCGGCGUACUGCUCCAUGGCCGUCCAAAUGCCGUUUCUGUGGUGUGAAAAGGAUCAUAUCCAGCAAAAUGCACACUCGAAUAUCAUUGUCAACCUAGACAGGAUGCACGCUAUUGGGAGGCACUGGAAACUUGUUGCUAUUCUGGUCGAGUAUGUCCCUGCGCUCUACAAAUACCACAAAGAGUUGAGAUAUUCUCUCCGAGACGAGCCUCGCACGCUCGACGAAGUCGACCUGGACAGACACCAGGGGAAGCGAGUGAAAGUGAGGACCUCAAUUCUUGGCUAUAACAGGAUUAUUGGCUGUGUGUCAAGACAGCCUAGUCUCCGUGAAACUGGUAAAUUGAGUUUGGAUUUUGAUGAUGAUCAAGUGAGCUCCAAUGAUAGUGGCCAAGCUGCGGCCGGGGCGGAGGUUCUUGCUGAGCAAGCAGGAUUGGGUGCCUUUGAAACCCCUCACGCUAGCUAUAUGGAGAGCUUGGACAUUCAUGAGCUUUUCUCCGACUCCGGAAUUAUGGCUUCUUCAGAUGAAUACUUUGAUCUACUGUCACAGCUUGGUGGCUCUGUAUUUGACACAGGCCAGGAAUUCCUGCCCGACACUAUGGACUUUCCGAGCAUCUUCUAG